AUGGAUCGCGUCAUUGGAAUUUUCAUCUGGGUCACAAGCUACCGUCACCGGAGUUUGCUAGGGGUGGGUGGUGUUGCACAAGUAAGGGGCUGCAAUGGUGGUGUAGGCGGUGGUUUUCGAGAAUCUGUAGAAUACAGGGAGAGGAGCAACCAAAAGAAGAUCACGAAAUAUCUUACUUCAAUGGCGUGUAAUUACGAAGAAGACGUGCCUCAUGUUCUAGCUGUUGAUGAUAAUCUGAUCGAUCGUAAACUCGUUGAAAAAUUGCUCAAAAGUUCUUCCUGCAGAGUUACUACUGCAGAAAAUGGGAUGAGAGCAUUGGAAUAUUUAGGUUUAAAAGACAAUCAUCAACAAAACAAUGGUUCAAAAGUAAAUAUGAUAAUUACAGAUUAUUGCAUGCCGGGAAUGACGGGGUAUGAGCUUCUUCAGAAAAUCAAGGAAUCAUCUGUAUUGAAGGAAGUUCCUGUAAUCAUCAUGUCAUCCGAGAAUAUUCCGACACGAAUCAAUGAAUGCUUGGAAAUGGGGGCACAUAUGUUCAUGUUGAAGCCUUUGAAGUUAUCCGACGUGAAGAAGUUGAGACAUCAAUUAACAAAUGUGGAAGUUGAAAAACGUUGAUAAGAGCCACUUACGCUGAUUAAUGUUAGCGAUUUUUGGUUUUUGUCUGUUGGGGUUUUCUGUCUUUUUCUAAAUGCAUCAUGAAGAAUAGUAGGGCUAGUUAAUUUGGGAUACUUAGUAUGAUUACAUUUGUUGAACUCAGUUGUUGUAUUUUGUAGCAUGUUAAUUAAAUUUUUUUGUUUUGACACAAUUAGCCCUCUCACUUCUAAAAGAACCAUCCAUGACAACUAUUAUUUCUUGUUAAACAUGCAACACCGGCUACGAAAUGUCCAACUAUAUUUAGCUACAACUAAUGGCCAUUUUGCUAAUAUGUGUGCAAGAUAUAUGUAGAACCAAAAAUUGUAUCUUUAAAAAAACUCUUAUGUAAAGAUAAGAGACUCCAAUAUAUAUAGACAUUUAUUAUACCAUAUUGCACUAAUGUAUG